CGUCAGGGAGCUGCAGGAAAAGUGUGAUUCGAGAGAGGGUUUGAGUUGGGGCAGUGUAUACCGGUGACAUUGUUUUAUAUGUAACUUAAUCUGUAAUAAGUCCUUGCAUCUGUAUUCUGUACAAUGGUCGGUGUAAAAGUCAUCGGGAAUGAUUCCGAAUUUCAGCCUGAGCUAACAUCUGCCGGCUCGAGGCUUGCGGUAGUGAAGUUUACAAUGGCAGGGUGUCGGCCCUGUGUCAGAAUAUCGCCGGCUUUCAACAUGUUGAGUAAUAAGUACCCACAUGUAGUUUUUCUUGAAGUAGAUGUACACGUCUGUCAGGCGACGGCUGCAGCCAACAACAUAUCUGCAACGCCAACGUUUUUGUUUUUCCGGAACAAAGUGCGAAUUGACCAGUAUCAGGGUGCCGAUGCCUCUGGGCUAGAAGAGAAGAUUAAGCAGCAUGUAGAAAAUGAUCCCGGUAGCAACGAGGACUCUGACAUUCCCAAGGGAUAUAUGGAUCUCAUGCCCUUUGUCAACAAGGCGGGCUGUGAGUGCCUGAAUGAGAGUGACGAUUACGGCUUUGAUAACUGCUUGGUCAAGGACACCACCUACUUGGAGUCCGACUGUGAUGAGCAGCUGCUCAUUACGAUGGCCUUCAACCAGCCUGUUAAACUGUUCUCAUUGAAGCUCCAGUCCUCUGACUUUGCCCAGGCACCGAAAUGUAUAAAGGUCUUCAUCAACCUUCCUCGCUCCAUGGACUUUGACGAUGCAGAGCGGAGCGAGCCCACCCAAACCCUGGACCUGGCUGAGGAAGACUUCAAGGACGACGGGCUGAUUCCGCUGAGAUACGUCAAGUUCCAGAACGUUCAGAGUGUCACUAUGUUUGUAAAAAGCAAUCAGGGGGACGAGGAGACGACAAAAAUCAACUACCUUACUUUUAUUGGGACCCCUGUACAAGCCACCAACAUGAACGACUUCAAACGGGUUGUGGGCAAGAAAGGAGAGAGUCACUGAAACGGCGUGUGUACAGACGCUGGGGGCCGUCAUUGACGUCCCACCCAGGACGUUCCUCUUCGCCCCUCCCCGUCUGCCAAAGCUGCCACCGGGUGGGGGUUUAGCUACACUAUAACAACCAACACUGUGUCCCAAAUCAUCAUAUUCCCUACCCAGUGCACUUCUUAUGAGCGCUUUGUAGUGCCCAGUUUUUUGCACCUGGUGUCCAGUUGGAUUCCUGAAGGCUUUGGUCUGGGACCAGACAGGGUUUUUUUUCCCCCUUGAUUUUUCUUUCUGCUGUCAGAAGCAGUGAACUGAGUAGGGAAUAUGGUCAGAAGUAGUGUACUACUUGGGGUUCCAUUUGGGACGUGAAAACGUACACGCUGACUGCCCGUGGAAUUACCAAGAUGAGGCACCUGGCUCAAUUCAUUCAAACAUUUUUAUUGUAAUUCAGACUUCUAAACACUGUAAAUAAACAGAAUCCUUUUUCAAAGGCAUGCAGGCAUUUGACGUCUCUUGUAUUAAAAUGUUCAAGGGACAGUUCUCUGAAAUCACAGAAUGAUUCUUAAAACCAGGCUUUGGUUUGGCUUUCCUGGCAAUGUUAUUUUGCAUUUGUGGCAAAAAUAAUUUCUAAAUCUUGGUACAUACAUUUGCCACUAUAUAUGAUUUAAAAAUUUGCUUAAAUAUUUUGAUCACUAGAAUGGGAUUUGAUCUACAAAAUUGAGGAAGGUGAGUAACUGUACAAAGAAGUGUAGAUUGGUCAACAAGAAAUUAAGUAAAAUAAACAUUGGCUAUUAAAAUCC